AUGUCUUGUCAAUUUACUGACUUCUUGUUGCUUCUUUAUUUUCAUUUCUUUAUUUUCAUUUCUUUAUUUUCAUUUCUUUAUUUUCAUUUCUUUAUUUUCAUUUCUUUAUUUUCAUUUUUUUAUUUUAUUUUACUUCGUUCAGUACCACCUAAAAAUGAUCAUGACGAUGAUGACAUUGAAUCAAACCUCCUGCUUCCUGAAGGGGUUCCUGUUGACAGACAGAGAGCCAGAUUUAUUGUGAAGAUCUACAAAGCAGAAGGUUUACCAAAAAUGAAUACAGGAAUAAUGGCCAAUGUGAAGCGAGCAUUGACUGGGGAGGCCAGAGAUUUGGUUGACCCAUUUGUGCAAGUCAGUUUUGCUGGACGAAAGGGCAAAACCUCUGUGAGGAAAGGUGCCUAUGAACCAGUGUGGAAUGAACAGCUGGUUUUUAAUGAAAUGUUCCCACCUCUGUGUCGCAGAAUCAAGAUACAAUUACGGGAUAAUGAUAGUGUCAAUGACGAUGUGAUCGGCACACAUUUUAUUGACCUUGGAAAGAUAUCCAAUGAAGGAGAAAAAGGUUUUCUUCCUACCUAUGGCCCUACCUGGGUAAAUUUAUAUGGUUCAACACGAUACUACAGUCUCCUUAGUGAACACACAUACUUGAACGAUGGCCUCGGAGAGGGCGUCUCCUACAGAGGCCGACUUUUAAUUGCUGUUUCAGCGGAAAUCGUUGACAAUCUGGAUGCAAUAACACAAGUGGACUUAGAAAGUUGUAGUCCGCUACCAGAAACUGCUGGAGGAAAAAAAGAGGAAUACUUCUUAUUUGGUUCCAUCUUGGAAGCUACAAUGAUAGACAAGAAAGUUGGAGAAAAGCCAGUUCAUUUUGAAAUGAGUAUUGGAAAUGCUGGCAAUGUCCUGGAUGGCUACAAUUCUCCAACGAACCAAGAUGAAGAAAGCAGCGAGGAGACAGGAGAAUCGGAAGACGAGAAGUCAACAAGUAGUAACAUGGGUGAGGUACCCCAAUGGCAAAGUACAACACCUCCAGUGAAGCCCGUCACUAAAGACAGAAUUUAUUACAUUAUGCCUUACUAUGAGGAAAAACCAUGCAUGUAUGUAAAGGAAAAUUUUGAAGAUCACAGGCGCAGGAUGUAUAAUACAAACAUACUGAGCAAAAUUAUUACAAAGUUGGAAAAUGGUCUGAAUGAAGUCCAGGAAUUAAUUAAUCAGGAGUUACCAUUUCCAGAACGAAGGCUAAGGGGAGUCUUGGAGGAGCUAGGGUUGGGCUGUUCCAAGUAUGUUUCCUUAGUAAAGAGUUCAAGUGGAUGUGGUUCUCCAAACAAAACCAAAUUGGAUAAAGAGCGAUCCAAACUACUGAUCAGAGAAAUUGAUCAGAUGUCUACGAUGGCAAGAACAUUGAAAGCUACCAUCACAAAAAACAAUAUGAGAGAUAAGUUGCGGUCUUCCAUCCAAUAUUUACAGAAGUUGCAAAAUUUAGUCGAAGAGCCACAACAUGCCUUGCCUGAUGUUUUUACCUGGAUGAUCAGUGGCAGCAAGAGGGUCGCCUACCAACGUAUUCCAGUUGAAUCCAUCAUAUACUCAAUAGUUGAUGAAGAAAAGGGCAAAGAUUGUGGAAAGGUUCAGACCUUAUUUCUUAGAUUACCAGGCAAGAAAGCCAGUGGUCAAGCAGGUUGGUCCAUACAAGCUAAACUUCAGAUCUACUUGUGGUUAGGACUCUCAAAGCACAAGAAAGAUUUUCUCAGUGGCUUGCCCAAAGGCUAUGAAGAAACAAAAACGAUCAAGCAAGCCAACAGAUUAAAUGCAAUGCCACCACAGGUUCUCAACUACAAAGAGGAAACACUAAGCCCAACAUGGGACGAAAUGUUAAUUAUAAACGAACUGGUGAUGUUUGGCCAAAUGGAUCAAAUAUCUGAAGAUCCACCUGCAGUUAUUGUGGAAAUAUUUGACCAGGAUAAAGUGGGAAAGGCAGAGUUCAUUGGACGUGCAGUUGCAAAACCAAUUGUGAAAAUGUACAACGAGAAAUAUUGUAAACCAAAAUUUCCACCAAAACUUGAAUGGUGGGAUAUCUACAGAGGAUCCGAUCGGGCUGGUGAACUAUUGGCAACUUUUGAACUCCUACAGCUUGCACCAUUUGGAGAUAUGAGUGGACAAGAUUUGCCACCUAUGGAUAUGCCGGAAGCUAUGGAUUCUGAUCGAGGAACCUUGAUGCCAGUUCCAAAGGGCAUUCGUCCAAUCCUAAGCAAACACCGAGUAGAAGUUCUGUUCUGGGGCGUGAGAGAUUUGAAGAGACUGCAGUUGACACAUGUUGAUCGUCCACGCAUUGACAUUGAGUGCGCAGGACAUGUCCUGCAGUCUUCAGUAAUUGCAAAUGCUAAGAAAAAUCCAAAUUUCAGCAUACUUGUAAAAUUCUUUGAUGUUGAAUUACCAGAGAAUGAGCUAUAUUGUCCACCGAUAACAAUACGUUGUGUAGACUGCCGCAGUUUUGGGAGAUUUGUGCUUGUUGGGAGUCAUAUAAUUAAAUCUUUAUCCAAAUUCAUGUAUGUACCGACAACAAAACGAGCUAAAGAUGCCCUAAAGAAACUCUUCCCAGGAAGAGAUCUUGAUGCUGCUAAAAUUGUCACAGAAAUCUCAACAAAAGCCGAAGAUGUUGCAAUCACCAUUGAUGAGAAGCAACCACUGAUUUCUCGUGAUCAAGUUAUCACAAUCGAUGCUAUGGACAGAAAAGACCAGAAAACUGCUGAAAAUAAACGCCGCAGAAAAGCCGGAAUUGAUGAAGAGGAGCCCGAUCUAGAAAGUUUGGAUUGGUGGAGCAAAUAUUUUGUAUCUGUGGAAACCAUGAUCAGGGAUCACUAUAAGAAAGACGAUCUUGCUGGGGAAGGAGACAGCAAAGAUUCACCAACUCACAAAGUGAAACCAUCUGAAGAUACAACAGGAUAUGGAGCCAUUCCAAAUGUCAAACCCAAUUCAGAUGAUCCAGAAUACAAUGCAAAGCAUGCGAAAAAGAUGGAGAAGGAGCUGAAGAAGAUGGAGAAGAAAGAAGCCACAUCCUCCGGGAAGAUUGGCUUUCGUGCAACAGCAAAAGCUGCUUCGUUUGCUUCCAGGCUCUCGCCAAAGACGCAACGAAAGAAGGAUAGGCUGUUGAGUGCUACUUCUCAAUUGAAGGGUUUAUUCCCCAGAAAAUUUGCCCAUCAUGCCCCUGAAGGUGAGCAAUGCCCAGCAGACGAAGAAGGAACGAAUCAAAUGUCUUUGAUCACGGUUUUUCCCCAGGAACUGGAAGUCCAGCUAGAAUACAGAAACUUCACAGACUGGCUGCAUACCUUUGAACUCUACCGAGGAAAGAAGAUCAGUGGAGAUGACGCUGACGAAAGUCGUGUCGUCGGAAAAUUUAAAGGAUCUUUAAAGAUCUACAAAAUUCCGCUUCCACCUGACAUAGAAGACACAACAAUCACAGGUGGUGACCCUCAAUAUGGUCUCUUCCAAGGUUUGCCAAGCAAUGAUCCCAUCAAAGUGCUUGUGAGGGUUUAUGUCGUGAAGGCAAAUGACCUUCACCCAUCAGACAUCAAUGGCAAAGCAGACCCUUAUCUUGUGAUACGCCUUGGAAAGACUGUUAUUAAUGACAAAGAACAUUACAUAUCAAAACAAUUAAAUCCAGUUUUUGGGAAAUGUUAUGAAAUUGAAGCCACCUUUCCAGUUGAGUCCCUUCUCUCAGUGCAAGUCUAUGACUGGGAUCUUGUGGGACUAGACGAUCUGAUCGGAGAAACAAAAAUUGAUUUAGAGAACCGAUUCUACAGCCGUCAUCGAGCAACCUGUGGUAUUGCUAAGAAGUAUGAAUUGUAA